UAAAAAUUAAUAUUUUAAAUUUUGCUGCUAGACUACAUUUAGAAUUUAUAGUCUUCAUAGUAUACAAAACCUAAGGGCGCAGUGACCUUAUUCUGCUUGUGAAGAAAUUCGCUUGACGCAUGAGCUAACGAGUUGAAAUUAAACUCUAAUUUAUAGACUUCGAACACGCAACGUUUCUCGUGUGGCGUUCGAGCAGUUCUUUGAGAUUGUGUGGUGAUGGCUUCAGUGGUGUUGACAUCACUGUUAAUGAUGUUGGCUUCAGUGAUGUUGACGUCAGUGUUGAUGUUGGCGCCAUUCACACCGUGUGUUGUCGGGAGUAUCGGCAGUUCUGCGCGCGGCGAUGUGGUUCUCCGCUCCUCCGCCGGUGCGAUCCGAGGACAGAUCUUCAGGAUGCCGGACGGAUCUACAGGAUCCCGCUUCCUUGGCAUCAACUACGCCAAGCCACCCAUUAAUGACAGGAGGUUCCGGGCGCCCGAAGCAGCGGAGGCUUGGGAGGGCGUGUAUGACGCGACCAACUUCGGGCCCUCGUGCCUCCAGCCGCACAUGUACGACGUGUGGAUGAUGGCCCCACAGCCCAACAGAUCGUUCGGGUCGGCGUCGGUGCAGCAGGAAGCGCAGGAGCCGUGGCUCUACCUCGUGCAGGACUACCUUCUGCACACCAGCGAGGACUGCCUCUCCCUCAACGUCUACACGCCCUUCGUCAGCGAGCAGCUGAAUACUUCCACAGAGUCUGCGUCCGAGUGGUUACUGCAUCGUGCAGGUUACUGCCUCCUGCAGGUUACUGCAUCGUGCAGGUUACUGCCUCCUGCAGGUUACUGCAUCGUGCAGGUUACUGCAUCGUGCAGGUCACUGCCUCCUGCAGGUCAAUGCCUCCUGCAGGUCACUGCCUCCUGCAGGUCACUGCCUCCUGCAGGUUUCCUGUCAACGGGCGACGCCGCAGCCCCCGGCAACUGGGGUCUGCUGGACCAGCGUCUGGCGCUGACGUGGCUGCAGGAUCACGUCGCGUCCUUCGGGGGAGAUCCUACGAGGGUCCUGCUGGCGGGCAACUCUGCGGGGGGCGCCUCCGUCCUGCUGCACCUCAUGUCCCCGCGGUCCCGAGGUCUCUUCUCUCGGGUGGCAGCGAUGUCAGGCUGCGCCCUUGGGCCGUGGGCGAUCCAGCGACGCCCUCUGCACUUCGCCCGCCGCCUGGGGCUCUCCCUUGCCUGCGACGACCCCGACAGCAGGCGGCUCGUCGACUGCCUCAGAGGCGUCGAUGCCCACGACCUACUCACCAACGCGACGGAGCAGCUCACGGACGGACUGUGGAUUGCGUUUGCGGCGGUCGUGGAGGGGGAGGACGCCCCCGACGCCUUCCUGCCUCUGCACCCCAAGCAGGCGCUGAUGGGGGGCCACUACUCCACUGACGUGCCCGUAUUUCUCACCGUCACGAGGGACGAAGUCUCCAUCUGGUACAAGAACACUGCGUUCGAGCCGAAGGUGUUUCAGCUGGAGAAUUGGAUCGGUCGCAUCGUGCGGCACAUCUUCGCGCCCCUGGAGCUAAACGCCGACACCCUUUCGGUGGUGACACACGCGGUGCUGGGGGAGUACCUCUACAGUCAGGGAUACGAACCUUCACUCAAAUAUGAGGCGUCUGAUCUCAUGUUCGAGCAUCCCGCCUUCGUGCCCUCGGACAUGCUGACCGAUGGGCGCCAGACCCUCAACGGCACCGCCGCCGUGUCCAUAAUUGCCAGUCUGAUCUCCGACGUGGGACUGCUGGUGCCGUGCGUGGAGGAGGCCGGGCUGCUGGCGCAGCGCUCGCGCGUCUAUGUCGCGCAGUUCGCCUUCGUCUCGCCCGAUGACGUCAAGAUCCUCGACGAGCCUUGGAUCGGAGCGUACCACGAGCACGAGCUACAAUAUCUGUUCGGGCUGCCGUACUGGCACCUCAAGAACACCCUGCGUCAUCCCUCCAACAAGUACUUCUCUGACGUCAUCAUGACCAUCUUCAGCCAGUUUGCCGAGCAAGGGUACCCUAACGGGCCGGAGAGCAGCGACCCCUGGCCGCAGUACAGGAGGCCUGGCGACGCAGUGCUCAGCGUGGGGAUCAACACCACCGUCAAGUACAACUUCCUCCUCGACAGGGUCACGUUUUGGAAGAAGUUUUUGCCCUUGCUGACCAAUUGGCCGUUUCCGACACGGAACGGAGCGUCCUCCAUGUGGGACUCUGUCAGGCCGCUGACGUGUGCAGCGUUGGUAUUGCUGCCGUUGAUGAAUGCAUUGCUGACUCAUGCCAUUCAACGGAUGUGUACAUUAGUCGCCAGAUAGCCUGUCGUGCCGUGCCAGUGUAAUGCAAUAAUGUACAGUGUGGAUGCUUGUACCACCGACGAAUUGUACUUAAUUAACUACAGAAAAGCUCGUCAGUGCAAUGAGUAUUGUUCGAAAUAAUAUAAACUUAGCGUUUAAUUUAAAUGAAAUUUUACAGUAGAAACUGUAAUAACGCAGGGGAGUUUGUCCCUUGUAAACGUGCGUAAUUACGUGGCCAAUUUACUGAUAUUUGGCAAGAGAGUUCAGAAUGUGCGGACUUGUUUGAGUUAGUGCGAGCGUCUGAAGAUUGUGGGUACAUCCUGCCCAUUCUAACUGCUUUUAAAUAAUAUACAAACAUGUUCUAAAUUAUGUACGAUAAGUUAGUUUAGUGCAAAGUAGUAAGAUUUAACAGUGGAAGGGAAAGAUCUAUAUCUCAAAAUUAUCAAAAUUGACAAUUGGACUUGCAUUGUUAUUCAAGUCUCAUUCAUUUCAACGUGUCCUCAAGUUGAACGAGGCAAAAUUUAUAUCGUUGUUAAUAAUGAUGACAUAAAUAGCAAACAUUGAUAAUAAAUAAUCGACGACACAUAGAACGAGAGUAAAACAUUAGAAUGCUUCUUGCGCCCAUACAAUUACGAAAGAGUAAGAAUUUUGAAAAUUAACACCAUAAUUAAUUUUUCAUGAUUACAAUUAUUCAAGCCUAAAAUAUUUAUCUGCUUAGGUAUUUUAAUGCGUGUUUUUAAUGUAUCUAAAAUGAAGUGAU